CGCUAGCACCCCAAAUCGCCUUAUGCUUGUUAAGACUUCAACGGUUUUUGUAUGUCUCCGGUAAUUUGUUUCUGUAAAAGCGCAAAGAGAUAGGGAACGAAAAUCGGACGGGCUUUCUCAUCGUGGAUAUUCUGUUACAUGUGAAGAUACCGGGCUUUCCUGACAAUUUAAAGCUGUACUUCGUCCCCCCGGUCCUGUGAUACAGGUGUUGUUGCCGUCCUGUGACGGAUUCAUCCUCUCAGCUGUCUGGUGCACGGAGGAGAGGAAGCUAAGAUGCCGAAACCGAUCAACGUCCGUGUGACUACCAUGGAUGCAGAGCUGGAGUUUGCCAUCCAACCUAAUACCACAGGAAAACAGCUUUUUGACCAGGUGGUGAAGACGGUGGGACUGCGGGAGGUCUGGUUCUUUGGUCUACAGUACGUGGACAGUAAAGGCUACAUCACCUGGCUCAAGCUCAAUAAGAAGGUGACACAGCAGGAUGUGAAGAAAGAGAACCCUCUGCAGUUUAAAUUCAGAGCCAAGUUCUUCCCUGAGGAUGUCUCAGAGGAGCUAAUCCAGGAGAUCACCCAGAGACUCUUCUUCCUGCAGGUGAAGGAGGCCAUUCUGAACGAUGAGAACUACUGUCCCCCAGAGACAGCUGUGCUACUGGCAUCAUACGCUGUCCAGGCCAAGUAUGGAGACUACAACAAAGAUGUGCACAAGCCUGGGUACCUUACCCAUGACAGACUGCUGCCUCAGAGAGUCCUGGAGCAGCACAAGCUGACCAAAGAGCAGUGGGAGGACAGGAUCCAGACUUGGCACGAAGAACACAGAGGAAUGAUCAGAGAGGACUCUAUGAUGGAAUAUCUUAAAAUCGCCCAGGACUUGGAGAUGUACGGAGUCAACUACUUUGAGAUCAAAAACAAGAAGGGCACCCAGCUGUGGCUGGGCGUAGAUGCCCUUGGCCUCAACAUUUACGAGCACGAAGACAAGUUGACGCCAAAGAUUGGCUUCCCCUGGAGUGAGAUUCGAAACAUCUCUUUCAAUGAUAAGAAGUUUGUCAUCAAACCUAUUGACAAGAAAGCACCUGAUUUUGUGUUUUAUGCCCCUCGACUGCGCAUCAACAAGCGCAUCCUGGCAUUGUGUAUGGGUAACCAUGAGUUGUACAUGAGGAGGAGAAAGCCCGACACCAUCGAGGUGCAGCAGAUGAAAGCUCAGGCACGGGAGGAGAAGCACCACAAACAGAUGGAGAGGGCUCAGCUGGAGAAUGAGAAGAAAAAGCGCGAGUAUGCAGAGAAAGAGAAGGAGAGGAUAGAGCGCGAGAAGGACCAGCUCAUGGAGAGGCUGAGACAGAUUGAAGAGCAAACAAUGAGAGCUCAGAAAGAGCUCGAGGAACAGACUCGCCUGGCCAUGGAGCUGGAACAGGAGAGAAAGAGGUCAAGGGAAGAGGCUGAGAGGCUGGAGAAAGAGAGGCAGGCGGCUGAGGAGGCCAAGGCAGAGCUGGCCAGACAGGCAGCAGACCAGCAGAAGAACCAGGAACAACUGGCUUCUGAACUGGCUGAAUUCACAGCUAAGAUCGCUCUUCUGGAGGAAGCCAAGAGGAAGAAAGAUGCUGAGGCCACAGAAUGGCAGCACAAGGCCCUGUCAGCCCAGGAGGACCUAGAAAAGGCCAUGGAGGAGCUGAAGACUGCAGUGGUGGUGGUGCCAGCGCCUCCAGGUGGCAAUGCUGAGAGCGAGCACGACGAGCAGGAUGAGAACCACGCGGAGGCCAGCGCUGAGCUCUCCAAUGAGGGCGUCAGCCAGCUCGACCUCCGCAGCGAAGAGGCGCGUGUCACUGAAGCUCAGAAGAAUGAGAGGGUCAAACAACAGCUGCAGCAGCUUUGUUGCAAAGGAGAAACACCAGCCAAGCAAUGGCAGAUAAGGACAUUAAGUUCAGAGUUGGCCCAGGCCAGAGACGAAACCAAGAAGACGCAGAACGACGUGCUGCACGCCGAGAACGUGAAAGCAGGCCGAGACAAAUACAAAACGCUGCGCCAGAUCCGACAGGGCAACACAAAGCAGCGCAUCGAUGAGUUUGAGUCCAUGUGAGGACAACGCCUCUGCCCCCUCGCCCCUCUUUCCCCCUCAGGGGUGUCUGCUCCCAAACUUUCCCCUCAGCGGCUGCUCGAUUUUCAUGGACAAGAGAUGCUGCCGACCCACCAAGUCCCCCACCAUGUCCUCUCUGAAAGUUACAGAUAUCUCCCUCGUAAGGAGCUGCCUGCACACCACUCUGAACAAGCAACUGUCAUUGUAGUGCAGAGAUAAUCUGUAAUCCUUAAGAGAAACUGUUAAACCAAAAUAGAAGCAAUUGGUUUUUUUUUUUUUUUUUUUUUUUUUUUUUGGGGCCAUAGAAAGCUACUUUUGUUGUUGUUUUUUGUUUUUUGCUUUGCUUGGCAAUUUGUAUGCAAAGGUUUAGUAUGACUCCAUGUCUUCAGUUUAAGAUUAACUGUUCUCUUGUUGUUUUUAAGCCCCCCCCCACACACACACACACUUUUGUUUGACUCGUUUUAUUGAUGAUGCCCUUCUUUUUAGUUGUCUGUCAAACACAUUGAUGGUAGGUUUUGUCCCGAGAGUUGGUGGAUUAAGCGUCAGAUGUUAAAUUAUGUCAAAACAUAUCACAAGCUGGUUAUGCUAAUUCUCGUAGCAUCUGUGAGUCAUUUCACUCUAUUCAGUCAAUUCAAACCGUUGUUACAUUUAUAUAAAAACAGCAGUAUUUUCUGUGAAUGAAAUGGAAGCCAAUUGGCCCUCAUAGGUAAAAGAGCCACCCAACUUGUCACAGGGCAGGUUUUGAUAAUAGAAUGUAGCAAAGGUAACAAAGGGAAAGUGUUUUUUACAUGCAGAGGUGAUAGGAUAGUAUGUGAUGAGCUAAUGCCACUGAGCUAUCGCCCUCAAGUUUAAAAGUGUUAUUAAGAUAAGCUAAUUGGUAGUUGUGUGUGCAUCUGUGUGUGUUUUCCAGAUGCAUCCCUGUGUUUCAUUCCCAGUCACCAUAGAUGGUUUUCUCUGCCUACCAGCUCACAAAGGAACCCAGGAACCCAGGGUAUUAAAAGGACAGACAGAGGAGUAGUAUGUCCAGGCUGUUUGUCUGUCUGUCCAACUGUGUUUGUGUGUGUAAGGAGACAAAUGUGUACAUGUGUGGAUGGCCUGGCACCUCUCUGGCUGGGGAGCUUAUGAAAACAUCAGUCCUGGAGCCGGGACGAAUCUCUACCUCAGUAAUGUUAGCAGUGGUGAUUGACAGUCAAACACUCAGGGUGCUCCCCCCUCCUUCCUUCCCUCCCUCCCUCCCUCCCCAGAACUAAAAGUAAUGGUUUUACUUGGUUGUUGUUACAUCCUUGGGUGGUGCUCCUGGGCAGGCUACAUUUUGUCAGAGCAUGUUGCUUUUUGGCUGUACAUUGGUUUAGACAACAUUAAGGGUUUAAGUAAGACAUACCUCUUAAGUGAGGUUGAAAAGGGUUAUUUCUUACAUUACAAUUCUCGUUUUUUUGUCUGAAAAAUAAAUAUAUCCCAAACAAUGAGGCCAGAUAAAUAAUGCCAGAAUGGAGGUGUACUAUAGACAGAGAAUUUUCAGUUGUUAGAUGUCAUGGUCUUGGAGUAGUUAAGAGUGUACUAGCAGCUGCUUGCUCUUGUGAUCAAAUCUCUCCAGAAUAUAAUGGAGAGUGGGCCAAUUUCUUCCCCUAAAAGCAUAUUAUACUUUCUCAUCGAACAACAACUGGACUCCAUCUUUUGUGGGGUCGAUUUUUUGAAAUGAGUGAACAUUAGGUUUUCCCUUCUUUUUUUUUUUUAUUAACAAUAUAAUGGAAAAUGUUAUGGUAUUAUUUGUUACACUCUACUUGACAGCUGGUGUAGGUUGUUUUUUCUUUUUUAAUUGUCAUUUUAAAGUUCAAGCACUUGUAUGAAACAAGACACUGAAGCCUGCCUUUUGUGUUUAACUUCACAGUGUCCAUUGUUAGUGUUCUGUUUGCCAUAACAGGAGAAAAUCAUCUUGUGCUUCCAGCUAAUAUUUUUGUUUUGUGUUCAGAGACCCUAAACCAGCAGCAUGCAUCGCUCUACUAGACAGCUUCUUUGGAGGAGAAAACUCUUGUUGACAAGCCCCCCCCAACACACACACACACACACACACACACACACACACACUUUGAAGCUGCAAGGCUUCUUCAAAGCAGAAUGUUGCCUGUCCCGUCCAUGAAGCCAGUGUGUGAUGAUCUGCCACCAGCUGUCACAUUUUGCUGUUCUGUUUCCCCUUUUUUAUGUUCAUGUUAGUAUUCUUUACGAUAGAAGGCAUCAGUCCUAAUUGGUUCACAAAUAAAACUCUUAAAAGUUUUAAAUUUUGAUCAACUUGAACUAUUUAUGUUCUUUUAAUAUCAAAUUUAAUGGUCUUUUAGUUGUGUGACUUGAUUGCGGGGGGGCAC